CAGGCCAAAAAAAGCAGAUGGAAGAAAGCAGCACAGAGUAGGAGGAGAGAAAGAAAGAGAGCGAUCGGGUGCCUUUAGAUGUUUUUCACAGUCCAUGUGUAAGUUGAGGUGAGUUUGUGUGUGCACGCUCAUCCAUGCUGUAAAUGGAUUGCUAAUGAAGAACGUCUCAGGUGAAGCCCCAAAAAGGUAGGAGAGGAAAUAAAGGAGUGAAAGCCAGGUAAAAGGAGAAGGUAAAAAUAGAUGGUGAAAAAAUACAGACCUGAAGGAGGGGCAGAGAUGGAUGGGAGAAGGAAAGGUAUGUGAGAGAAGGAGGCAACGAGAAAAAAGAUCAUAGGAGAAGAGAAGCUCUGGUAAGAAUUUCAGCACCAAUUAAAGAAAAUAGCAAAGGAAUGAAAGAGGGAUUCAGUCGGUGUGCUACUCUUCUGUUAACAUACAGUAACUCUAUCUGCUGCUCAGGGCUGUUUAUACCGUAAUGACUUCCUAGUGAUACGACACACACACACAUCUAAUGAGCACUCGUGGGCUUUUACACAAUACUGGAUCUACUCGGAGUUGUUUGAAGAAGCGCAGAAGAGAUCAGUUUGAAGAAUCUGCUUUGAUCAAGAUCUGUGAACCCUUGCACGACAUCCACAGCAGCUAUGCACCUGUUACCUCAUCUGCUCUUCUUGACUAUGACCCUUCAGUUUGGUUUCAUUAUGGGUGGAAGAGCUCAACGCAAACAGAGGCAGGCAGAAGAGAAGUUGAGGCCAUACCUGGGCAGAGUGGAUCCAGGCAGGGGGCACCAGUGUGCAGUGUUUUGGGCAAGAUGUACAGCAAUGAGUGUCUGCUUCACAAGGAGGCCUGCCGUAAAAAACGACGCAUUGGUAAAGCACACACCGGAGCUUGUCUGGUGAGCGAGUCACAGUGCACUGAGGAUGAGUUGGGGCAGUUUCCUUAUCGUCUCCUCGACUGGUUCUUACUUCUCAGCAGAAUGGGAGAGAGAUACACACCGGCUGCUCCAUCACAAAGCUGCCUGACACAUACACAACGAACCCAGCUCGCACAGACGAGGUUUGAUUUGCUGGAUCGUAACAGGGAUGGCAAGUUAAGCAGGAGAGAUCUGAGGAAGCUUCGCUAUAAGCGGAUGCCACUGGAGCACUGCGCACAACGAUUCUUUCAGUCAUGUGACAAAAACAAGAAUAAGAAGGUGACCCUGACAGAAUGGACUUCAUGUCUGGUUAACCGGUCGGAGCGCUGGUUUCAGGAUUUCAUGUCUAUGAAGAUGGGCUCACCAAAGCUGUGUCCUGUCCAAGACAAUAACCUUUGAUUUCAGAUGUUUUUGGGUGACUUCAUGUAUUCCUGAUCCGGACCACUGCUGAAUCUUUCGUCCAAAUAAACGAUUCUUCUAAAGCUUCAUUUAUUUUUCAUAUAGUUAAUUUUUCAAAUCUAUAUGCAACUGAAACAUUAACAUUAUGUCUAAACGUCCUUUCUGCAUGUUUUUUGCCUUUUAGUCAACAAAAACUGCUUUUUGAGGGACAGCGGUCAUGUAUCAUGGAUCACACAAGCAAUUACUGCAGAGAGGGACAGUGAGAGAGAGCGAUUGGGCUAUAACCUUAAACAGAGGAAUGGAGAGCAGAUUAAUUGAGGGGUGGUGUUUAAUAGGAGAGAGAUGGAGAGAGACGGACGACCCAUGAGAGAGAUAAAAGACUACGUGAGGAGGGAUGAGAGGAAUAGAUAAUAUGGCAGCGAGGGAGAAGGACACGGAAAAAGAGCGAGAGAAUAUCGUAAUGCACUCAGAGAACGGGUGGGGACGGGCGAGUUACAGUAAACCAUCGCAAAUGGAGGAGAGAAAAUAGAUUGAAGCAUGAAAAUGGAUGAGAAAAAGAGAGGGAGAGAAGAAGACAGGGGGAGGGGUGUGAGACAGAAAGAAAGAGUUGAAGAAGGGUGUUAGAUAGACCGAGAUUGUUGGUGGAGAGUUUAACUAAAAGGUAUCUUAUCGCAAAGUAACUUCCAUCAUUGAUGGGUCUCACGCUUUCUGCCAAAACUGAUUCUCAACAUCUGAAAACAAGUAGAUUGAGUUUGAAUCGUAUAUAUGACCCCAGGAAAUGAUGUCUAGUAAUCAGAUCCCACUACAUUUGUAGCUUUUAAAGCAGGAUCGGCUUCUCAGACAGACAGAAUCAGAUCUCAACCGGAUGUCUUUGUAGACAUUGUUUUGCUUUGUAGUCGUGAUGAUGUGACAUUUUGGGGUUACGUGUUGCACGAGUUGUUGAUUUGAAAAAAAAAAGUAUACUUAAAUGUACUAAAAAUAUACUUCAAUACCACCAUUUGUAGUACAGUACAUUGUUAUUUUGUGCUAAAUAAAAGUGUGAACGUACCCUACAAAUAUACUAAUUAAAAGUAUAGUUCUACUUUAGUAUAAUAAGUAUAAUAUUCAAAUACAUUUUUAGUAUAUUGAAAUAAAUUGUGUCUCAGAAUAGCACCAUUGAGUUCACAUAGAAGCUCUUAAAGGGACAGUUCACCCAAAAAUAAAAAUUCUGUUAAAUA